AAGGCAAAGCACAAGGGAGGUGGGAAGGACGGACUCACACCGAGAGAGAGAGAGAGAGAGAGAGAGAGAGAGAGAGAGGGGGAAACUGUGUUCCAACUUCAGAGAGAGAAAGGAAACGCCAGGAGCGGCUCUGUAUUUUUCCUACAAAGUAUCUCUGAACAUAAUUCAAAUUAUUUAAGAAAAAGGAAUUGAGUUUGUUUUGUUUUUUGUGUAUUACACCCUGGCUAAAAACUAAAGAGGUACUUUUUGCUCAUCCCUUAACUUCGAAGACUAGUUGGCUACAAAUAGCUGCUUCAAUCAAAACCAUAGGAAGAGAUGCUGGAGUGUGCUGAGGAACUGGGGGUAGAGGCAGCGGGGGAUUCAGGUCCCCAGCCCGUCGCCGUGGUAAUGCAGCCCUCCCCGGCGGUGGUGGUCCCCCCUCCCUACAGCGCGGCCGAGGGGCCGGAGCCCCCCCUGGAGCUGCGAGGCUCACUGGACUGCUGGGCCUGCUCCGUGCUCAUCACCGCUCAGAACCUGCUCAUCGCCGCCAUCAACGCCAGCCUGGCUGGCCUGGUAUUCGGAGCCGUGCUCGCGCCCGCCAGCAUCAUGGUGACAUUCGGCUUCCUCUGCCACUCCAAGGUCCAGCCGGCGGGCGCUGCCCCUUACUGUUUGGAGCUGCUGAACGACAGCGGCUGCACGGCCCUUGUGGUGGUGGGGUUCCUGCUGGUCACCCCUCUGCUGGUGCUGGCUCUGGCUGCUUACUGUCGCAUGGCACGCCACCUGCAGCUGGGGCUGUGUUUCAUCCCCUACAGUCGGGCGGUCUACAAGAACCUGCCCGCCACGCAACACCACGGGCUGGGCUUCUGCUGCAGGCAGGGGGGGGGCAGCAAGGGCAAUGGCAAGGUGUGGGUGUGAACGGGAGGGGGGGGAGGGGUGCGUCGGACAGUCCACUGCCUUGGAUUAUAAAUCACAUAUUAAAAAAAUAAUAAUAAUCUGCCACAGUUAAAGGCUGAUUGCAGUGAAACUGUUGAUGGCAUCUUUACCCUUAUAAAAGCUCACCACACCAAAAACGACCGUGGUAAAAUUUUACAAGGGUAACAACAGUCUAUGAAAAUGUUUCAAGAAUUUCGAAAUGUGUUUGACCGAUGAAAAUGUAAUUGUAGUUUUUAACAAUGUAAGUUUAUGGCGUCCUACGAUGUACUUGAAUCACUACUGUGUGCAAAACUAAAAUAUAUCCGCCUUGUGUUCUCAGCAGUAGUAAUGAUACAGGCUCUGUAACGAACUCCACGUACAGGUGCAUGAAGUAUGGAAUAUAACUUAAUAACCGUUUUCUUUUUUAACUCUCUGUGUUAAAAAAUGCAUAUUCAUGGUUUUGUAUUUUUCAUUUUUCUUAAAAUAAUAAACAAAGCAUUUCU